CACCCGCCCAAACGUCACCGAUGUCGAGCUCCACGCCGAAGCGCCGGAAGCUGCCGUGGGCAAGAGGCGGCGAUGCGCCACCACCAGUGGCGGAAAAGGCGCCCGCGGCGCCAGAAAAAGCGGCAAGGAUGCCCGAUGUGCCAGCGGCCACUGCCAGUGCAGUAGACGGAGCGCUGGAGAGCUCGCCGGGCGGCAGAAGGGUGCCGGAUGCUAGCAUGACUGGAGCUGGUCAUGCCAGGACGGCCGAUACUCCACCAGCCAGCACUGCCAGAAGUGCGCCAGAGAUGGAGCGCCGGAGAGCUCGCCGGGCGGCAGCAGGGUGCCGGAUGCUGGCAUGACUGGAGCUGGUCAUGCCAGGACGGCCGAUACUCGAGCAGCCAGCACUGCCAGAAGUGCGCCAGAGAUGGAGCGCCAGAGAGCUCGCCGGGCGGCAGAAGGGUGCCGGAUGCUGGCAUGACUGGAGCUGGUCAUGCCAGGACGGCCGAUCCUCCAGCAGCCAGCACUGCCACAAGUGCACCAGAGAUGGAGCGCCCGAGUGCUGGCCGGGCCGAAGGGUGCCGGAUGCUGGCAUGCCUGGAGCUGGUCGCACCAGGACGGCCGAUCCUCCAGCAGCCAGCACUGCCAGAAGUGCACCAGAGAUGGAGCGCCCGAGUGCUGGCCGGGCCGAAGGGUGCCGGAUGCUGGCAUGCCUGGAGCUGGUCGCACCAGGACGGCCGAUCCUCCAGCAGCCAGCACUGCCAGAAGUGCACCAGAGAUGGAGCGCCCGAGUGCUGGCCGGGCCGAAGGGUGCCGGAUGCUGGCAUGCCUGGAGCUGGUCGCACCAGGACGGCCGAUCCUCCAGCCGCCAGCACUGCCAGAAGUGCACCAGAGAUAGAGCGCCCGAGUGCUGGCCGGGCCGAAGGGUGCCGGAUGCUGGCAUGCCUGGAGCUGGUCGCACCAGGACGGCCGAUCCUCCAGCAGCCAGCACUGCCAGAAGUGCACCAGAGACGGAGCGCCGGCGAGCUCGGGCAGAAGGGUGCCAGAUGCUGGCAUGACUGGAGCUGGUGGUGCCAGGACGGCCUCGGCCUCCGAUGCGGGCGCUCGGAGGGCACCCGAGAAGGCCCGAAAGGCAUUGCUCUCUGGGAGUUCGGCGUGCGGGACGGCUUCAAGGCCUUUGACAAGGAGUGCCAAGAGGUGGUGGAGGACCUGUACCAGGCCUUCCUCGCCGGGGGCGAGCGCCUGGGAAAGGUGCCCAUGGGCAAACUCACCGUGUUCGUGGACUUCAUUGACAUGAAGCAGCGCGUGGGCCAUGCGGGUGCUCGGGAACGCCCUGUGCGGCGCCGCCUGCUGUGACG